UUUUUUUCACUUUUUUUUCGCCUAACCUUUACAACUCAUUUAUGCCAUCGAACACUUCUGCCAAGUCUAUUGGCACUUCUGCUACACUAUUCCUGGUGGCAGGCAUGCUUAUCUCUGGUGUGUGUAAUACCAUUCUUAAUAAAUAUCAAGACUUACAAUGUGUUGGUAAUUGUGACGAUCCCAACCCAAAGAACAGAGUCUACUUUGAACAACCUAUUUGGCAGACACUAAACAUGUUUGUGGGAGAGUUUGCAGUCUGGAGUGUAUACCUUUAUCAAGUCUACCAGCAAAAACAAAAUCGUCUCAGACCCACUCCUCCCUCUGCUGUCAACCAGUUGGAUGCUGCUGCUUUGGUUGAUGACAUUGAUCAAGAUAUCGCCAAAGUUCAAGAUGAACUCCCUGAAUUGAAAGGCUGGAAGGCAUUGUUAUUUUGGAUUCCUACUUUAUGUGAUAUGACUGCAACCACUGUGAUGAAUGUGGGAUUAAUUUUAACAUCAGCAAGUGUAUACCAAAUGUUAAGAGGUGCUGUAGUUAUUUUUACCGGUUUGUUUAGUUACUUGUUUUUAAACCGUCGCUUGCGUGGAUUUGAAUGGUUCUCGCUUGUCUUGGUCGUCGUAGGUGUAGCUAUUGUAGGUCUUUCAUCUGUUUUAUUCCCCCAAAAAAAACCAAGCACAUCCACUUUGGCUGAAGAAGGAUUCGACUACUCUUCUCUCUUAGGUGUUGGCUUAGUCUUGGGCGCUCAAAUCUUCACUGCCACCAUGUUUGUAGUAGAAGAAAAAAUCUUGAGUCGCUACAAGGUCACUCCUUUAAAAGCUGUAGGUCUUGAGGGUUCAUUUGGUCUUAUCUCUGUCUUGGCUGCCAUGCCUAUUCUCCAUUUUGCCUUGAGUGAUAGAUACCCCACUUUCGAUAUCGUACAAGGUUAUCAUGAUUUUUUUGAUCAUCCCACUGUUUGGCAAAGUGGUUUAGCAAUCAGUGUGUCCAUUGCCUUCUUCAAUUGGUUCGGUCUUUCAAUUACCUCUGCUAUUUCUGCGACAGCAAGAAGUACAAUCGAUGCAUGCAGAACGCUAUUUAUUUGGAUGGUAUCAAUUUAUUUAGGCUGGGAACAAUUUUCUUGGGUUCAAGUUAUCGGGUUUGUUGUGAUGGUGACAGGUACAUUCUACUUUAACGGUGUACUUAAGUGGCCCUUUGUCACUGAAGAAGAAGAAGAAGAGCGUGCCCCUCUUUUGUCUCACGAAGAGUAAUUUAUUUCCGCUAUUUUGAUUUAUAAUUUCGAAUAUAUAAUUGUUUGUUUAAAAAUAAAAUGUAAUCCAUUUUUAUCAUGAAGAA